AUGCCACUGGAAAGGUUAGCAGUUUUAAUAACAGAAAUAUUUAACAAUUUUUUUGCAGAGUUGAACCAGAAUCCCAAACUCAAUGGUAUGUAAAUUCUUUAGAUAAUGAAGAAAAUUGUGAAGUUUCCGAAAAACGAAUUGGCUGGGGAGCUCGAGGCGAAGUUUUCGAAGGAAAAUUUAAUGGGAAAAUUGUGGCGGUAAAAAAAUCAACAAAUUGUGACGGUGGAGAAAUCUCGAAAGAAUUCGAAAUUCUGAAAAAAUUGAAACAUCGAAAUAUUAUUGAGUUUUUGUAAGUUAAAUUUUUCUCAAAAAUGGAAAAAAAACUAGCUGAUUAGUUUCAGUUAUUUUCAACAAAAAUCUACGUUCUCUUUAAUUUUUAUGGAAUACUGUGAGAAAGGUAAUCUGUCAGAUUAUGUGCGAGCAAAUGUUAUCGAUAAAACUAUGUGGAUGGAAUGGAUUCGUCAAAUCACAGAUGGAAUGUUGUAUUUGCAUGAAAAUAAAAUUAUUCAUAGAGAUUUGAAAGGACCGAAGUGAGUUACUGUUUUUUCACAUAAACUGUCUUAUUUCAGUAAAAAUUUGAAUUUUCCAUGUUCCAAGAAUUGUUUUCAGUAUUUUAAUAAAUUCAAACGACAUCUUGAGAAUCUGUGACUUUGGAGAGUCACGUGGUUAUAUCGAAAGCAUCAGUCAAAAAAUGACAUUUCGUGGAACUUUUAACUAUAUGGCACCAGAAGUAUUGCAAGAAAAAAAAUACAGCAAAAAAGUUGAUGUUUAUUCAUUUGGUAUGGUUUUGUGGGAAAUGUUGACGGGGCACACACCUUUUUCAAAAUGCAACCUACAUCGAAUCAUUUAUGCUGUUGGUAGAGGGUUGGUUAAAUUUAUUAAAAGUUUCUAUAAAAUUGAUGGCUUGCAGGAUUUUGACCUUGGCUUUCCCACCAAACUCCCCAAGAAACUUUGAACGUUUGAUUAGACUUUGUGUAUCUUACAAUAGCAAACUUCGUCCAUCUUUCAAAUAUAUACAAUCACAAUUUGAUAUCUGGUUUAUGGAUAUAAUGGAUAUUGAAAAUUGGGAGGGGCAAUGUAAUGAAUGGCAUGAAUAUUCAAAAGAAAUUCAAUACGGAAAGAUUUGCAAAGAAGACCCAGAUGAGAAAUUGUAUGUGAAAAAAUCAACACCGAGGAUAUUGUUCAAUCCGCAGAGUUUGUUUUUUUACUUGACAUGAUUUGUUACAAAAUUUUCACGCUGGCAAUCUGAAACAAAUUCUUUGGUUUUUUCUUUUUCCGAUCAAAUUUCUGUUUUUUUCAUUAAAAAAGAGUUCAAUAAAUCAUUUGAUAAUUUAUUAUUUCAGGAAAAUACGUGCGCUCUGCAUUAGAACUCCGCCGAAGAGCAGUAUUGUUCAGCAGUUCAUCUUCUUCAGAUUUAAACGAAACCUGUAAUUCUUCCCCAUCAGAUUUCUGUCGUUACUGUCGAGCAAGAUCUUCUGAUACAUUAUUGCUCUACACGAGAAGAAGAAGAAGUGGGAGCCCAUUUUCGAAAUCAAGAUCAAGGUCAAAUUCAAGACCUCAAUCUGAAGAUGUAGGGAUGAAAGUCUCAAAUGAAAAACCAACAAAGGAGGAUGGGAAUAUUUGA